AUGGCAGUCGACACGGAGAGCCAGCAGGGCUUCGACGAUAUGCCUCAACGACCUGGGGGCGUCAAGGCCUUUUUCAAGAAGCUGUUUGAUGCUUAUUUUAAACCUUCCUGGCAUAUUCACGUCUUAUCGUUGGCGUUGUGCUUGAGCAGUGGAUUCCAUCAGGGCUACAUCGCCGCAGUAUUAAACCAGCCUUACACCGAGAUCGAGGCCUACAUUCAGCAGAGCUGGAAUUUGACAACGGGCGGAGAUGUGUUGUCUGAUACAACAUUGAACCUUCUCUGGUCCCUCCUCAACAUCACCUUCCCAAUCGCUACUAUUGUCGGCCAGUUUGCCGCUCCGUAUUUGUGCAAAAGAUUUGGCCGUAAGAAGACGGCCAUCCUCUCCACAUUCCUCUACAUUCCCGGAUGCGCCAUUUCAUUGAUCUCAAAGUUCAUCCCGCCUGCGUUUGAGCUGCUCUAUGUUGGCAGAUUUAUUUGGUCCUUUGCCAAUGGGAUCAAUAGCGUUGUGGCUACGGUAUGGAUCGUGGAAUGCGCACCACCACAAAUUCGAGGCCGGAUGGCGUCGAUGCAGGAGUUCUUCAUGAGUUUAGGCUCCCUGGCCACCCAAGCAGCCGGUGUCCCAUUCUCUACUGCAGAGCUCUGGCCGUUGAUUUUCGUCCCUGCCAUCGUCAUCUCGACCCUGACCAUGUUCAUGUUCAUCUUCGUCUACGAUGCUCCGGCUUCGAUCAUUGAGAAGGAGGGAGACUUGAAAAAGGCCCGAAAGGCGCUGGCCACCUACUACGGUGUCGACGAGUCGGACCCGUCCCUAGAUGAGGAGAUUGCCAUCUGCGAAAAGAAGCUCAACAAGAAGACCAAAAACGAAGUGAAGCUCCAACACAACGGGAUCACGAUCAUGUUCAUGCCGUGGAAGGCCAAGGACCCGGCCUCGAUUGUAAUCAGACAUGCCGCAUGGAUUGGGUUGUUUGUUAAGGUCGUCUACGUCUUCACUGGAGCUCGAGCUCUCAGGAGCUAUUCCACCUUCUUGCUGGCCGAUUUGGGAGGCUGGAAUAUGGAUACGGCUAUUUGGCUGUCGUUUGCUAUUGGUGUCGCCCGUGUCCCAACCACCUUGAUCUGCGUUUUCCUUGUCGAUCGCGUUGGUCGUCGACCGCUUCUGAAUAUCUCGACGCUCGUCUGCGUCAUUGCCUUGAUUGCCAUGUUCAUCUGCACGCUAGUUGGCGGGUCGUUAAAGGUGGUCACCAUGAUCGCCCUGACGGUCUUGCUGCUGAUCUCGGCCUGCGGUAUCGGCUCCAUCUCUCGAUUCUACGCCGCUGAACUUGUGCCGAGGUCACUGCUCAUCAACGCCACCUCCUAUCUGACCAUGCUGGAGGCGCUGGCCAAGAUCGGAAUCGAAUUCGCAUUCUACCCUCUCGGGAACGCGAUCAAAGGCUGGUCCAUCUUGCUCUUCCUCAUCCCGACGGCCAUCUCCCUGCCGUUCUUGUGGUGGUGGUGCCCGGAGACGAGCAAUAAGCACGUCAAUGAGGUCCUCGAUGAAAUGGCGGUUAAGAAGAAGCUCGACGCCAAGUUCUCCUCA